ACAGAGGAAACAAUGAGCUCAACACAGACGGACCAACAUGAAGCGAGACGUCAGCGCUCUCAGGAGGCCGACAAACCUCACAGAAGAAAGAGAGAGAAAAAAUACAGCUGUGAUGAGUGUGGAAAGGAUUUUACUCAAAAGACUAACCUGAAACUUCAUCAAUUCAUCCACAGUGGAGUUAAACCAUACAGCUGUGAGUUGUGUGGAAAGUCUUUUACCCGGCUUGGAAGCUUAAAAACACACCAACUCAUCCACAGUGGAGUUAAACCAUACAGCUGUGAUAAGUGUGGUAAAGCUUUUGCUCUCAGAGGCAACUUACGGCGUCAUCAAGUUACCCACUCUGGAAUUAAGGCUUACAGCUGUGACAUUUGUGGAAAAACCUUUAGCCAGCUAGGGUAUCGAAAUAUUCACCUGCGCAUCCACACCAGACAUGAUGUUUACUGCUGUGGUCAGUGUGGGAAACUGUUUACAACAGAUGCCCAGUUACAGCACCACAUGCUUACCCACACCGAGGAGAGACCUUAUAAAUGUGACCUGUGUGAUAAGGCUUUUAAAGAGCCACGUUCCCUGAGAAGACACGAACAGAUCCACAGCAGAAAGAAACUCUACAAGUGCAGUUACUGUGAGAAGCAGAGCGACACAGAUGGAUCCAGUUCUCAACCCUGUCGUCACUGUGAUGGUGGGAAAAUGUUUCGUUGUGACUUUUGUGGAAAAACUUUAAGUAAUCGAGAGAGCCUAAAAGUACAUCAACGUAGACACACUGGAGACAAAAUGGACUACUGCAAAGAGUGUGGGAAAGGCUUCCCCACAUCAAAUGCUUUAAAAAAACACGAACUCUGUCACAGUGGGGUUAAAAAGCACAUCUGUGACCAGUGUGGGUCAUCUUUCAAAACUGCAGAUGAUCUUAAAGUGCAUAAACGAGUCCACACAGGAGAGAAACCAUACAAGUGCAGACACUGUGACACAAGCUUCUCACGGUCAGGUCAUCGUAAUGUUCAUGAACGUACACACAUUAAAGGGAACUUCAGCUGUGACCACUGUGACAAAAGCUUCAAGAAUUUCAGUUCGUACUCCAAACAUAAACGAUCUCACGCUGUAAAUAAACUGUUUCACUGUUACCAAUGUGCAAAAACAUUCACUUCCUUAUCUGCUCUGUGCAAACAUCAACGUGAUCAUCAGAGGUGGGUAGAGUAGCCAAAAAUUGUACUCAAAUAAUAGUAGCACUACCUCAACAUAGUUUUACUCAAGUAAAAGUAAAACAUAGCUGUCCAAGAAAUUACUCAAGUAAGAGUAAGAAAGUAUUUAGGAUGUACUUGAUGUGCUACUUGAGUACUGAGUAACUGAUCAUAAUAUCUGAUUUAAUGUUUAAAAAUGAGAUAACGAGAUAGAGAAAAUUAUAAAGUUUAGUGGAACUUUUGGUACUUUAAAGACCAAAAAGGAAAAGAAAAACUACAUAUAAAUAACACAAUUACAUUAAAAUUCAAAAAUACAAAAUAAUCAAUCUAAGCAAAAAUACCUUUCAAGUCAUUAUUAAACUUCUCCAAAUAGCACAACAGCAAAUACAAAAUAAAUAAAAUAAUACACUAUGUUUUUAUAUAGUGAGAAAGAGGGAUUAUGCAAAUGGAUAACAAACAGCCAUUAAAGUUCAUCAUACAUCGAGAAUAGUAGACAAAUCAACAAUACACCUCUUCCAAUUAAUGGCUAAUUAAUAUUAUUCCGAACACAGUCCAAAACAUUCAAUAAGCCACAUCAUUGUCUACUGUCCAUCUACUGUUUACUAUCAUAACCAAGUGGCUAACAAAGGUAAACAGAAUGCCCAAAUGGUUGAUUCUGUUUAUCUGGACGUAGCGUUUUCAGUUGGAGAAAUGUUUCAUCACUCAUCCAAGUGACUUCUUCAGUCUCAGCUGACUGCAAUCUUAUAAAUGGUAAAUUUGCAUAAUGACUGAAAGAGCCCACUGAAUGAACAAUGAUCUCAGCAGACAGAAUAUCAUGAAAACAGCAAACCUAAUGUACAAACAAGAAGUCUCAGUGACAUAACCAGUAGGUUUGCAUCUGUCUCAUGUAUUUUGCUUAAAACACGUUUAUUGUUCAUUCACUUAAUUUAUUCACGCUGAGUAGAGUAGGCAGCAUUUUUAGUCAGGAGUAGUGUAGUGAUAUUUCAUAAUAAUACUACUUAAGUAAAAGUACAGUGUAGUAAAACUGGUGUGGUAAAUGUAAUUAGUUAUUACCCACCUCUAGUAAUCAUGCAGGACUGAAAUGAUUGUUGGUGAUUUCAGACUUCAGAUGGAAUCUCCUGUAAAGAGUGUCAACUGAUGUCACACUUGGAUUUGAUGAGGUAGCUCUGAUUUCUGGACCUGCAGUGAAUAAUCCUCAAUGUUAAAGUUAUGAAGCUGCAAAGUAUUUCCCUCUUCCUGAUUUUUGUUUGCCACAGUUAACUGCUAAAGAUAAUUUUAAAAAAAAUGUUUUCAUGUAUUAAGGGAAAGAAAAAAAAGUAUUUGGUCCCUUCUCCAAGCAGUUUGAAUAAAUCACCUUAAAGUUUAAUUUUUCUUCUUUUUUCCCUUCACUGUGUUUCUUUCUGUUUCUGUUGUCUGUGUUCAUUUGAAGGGCUUUCAUGAGCUUCUUAUGUACCUACAGGUACAAAUAAACUCACCUGAACCUGAACUUUUGUUGAUUAAAUUGACCACAUAGUAGUUCCUAUUAGUUUUUAGCUUUCUGACUUUUCUUAUAGAUUCUAUGUCACGUCUAUGUCUGUGUAAACCUCGUCCAUUUGGCUACACUGAGAGGGAACCUGUUAGGGUUUAAAAUGGAUAAAUAAAGUCAUUUUAUUAUUUGUAUAUACACAACUCAAUGUGCUCAUAAACGAGUUGGUCCUCGUCCAUUGGGAGAAUGGACAUAGAAGCGCAGUGCAUGCUUAUAUAUCACAUUAGAUGAAGGAUAUUUUUCUGGACCAAAGGGAGUCCGAACAGAAUGUCUCCAACUAGAUAAAUAGAAUCAGUUUUAGGACAAUAUGACAAUUAUUAGUCUAGGUCUAGGCUAAGCAGGGAGGUAUUUUAUGUCUUUUAUUCCAUGAAAAAGAGCAGAUAAGAGGUUAGAUGUGAGCAGAUGAGCGAAGAGGAGGCUCCAAGGAAGAUAUGUCGAGCGCUCACAGAGUGAAAGUGUCACUGAGCUGAAACAGGAAAUGUGGGAGGGUUUGAGUGAGUGUCAGAAAAGAAGAAGUGUUUUUCCAUCUAGAGGGUUAGUGGUGGAACUACUGGUCACCAUCCUCGGAGUCGGAGAAUCCAUUUAAUUCAGAGUGAGUGUGAUAUCUUGUAUAAAUGGCUGAAUAUGCCAAGUACUUUGUGAUUUUGUUCCAUAUUGUCUUCUGUUUUUCAUUUUUAAAUGAUAGCUGUGUGCAUUUGCAUGUUAUGAAAACAGGUGAAAUAAUCACAUGAUAAACACAUAAAUAAGUACAAGCAUACGUAUUACUGAGGUUUUUGUAUUGAAGCCAGAGAGGCAAAAAAAAGUUUUUUGCCUUUUGGCUAAUUGUUUCUUAAGUUAAAUUCUAAAUUAAACUCUCUCUCUCUCUCUUUGG